AUGCCUCUUCUCCAUUUGAACCAACUAUCACAAGAGGGCCAGCAAAGGAUUGAAAAUGCCUACAAGGCAGUUGUUGAAGCCUGUGCUGGUGAGGUUCGGCCAAGAUCAAGUGUGGGUUUCGACUACGGGAUCCUGUUUAUCAGGGAACUCGUGGGCGAACAGCCAGUUCAUAGGUUCGCCAGAGGAACCCCUCAGGCUUCACAGAAUGCAGAAGCCUUCUCCUUCGAGACUCGUGCCGGCCCUUCUGCCCAAAAGGCUCCUGAGGCUAUGCCCAAAACCGAGGCCAAGGUUGUAGAAGCCUUUGAAAGACUCGCGUCCAACACAUCCAGUGAAGUGGGAAAAUUGCGUCAAGAGCUGGCAGAUACUCGAAACGAGCUGAUAGAGGAGAAGGCCCAGCGCAAGAAGGCAAAGGACCUUACCAAGGGCUACAAGGAAAAGGCCGACAAUUUGUGGAAAGCGAACAAGCAAAUGGAGGUUGAAUUGAACGAAAUCAGACGACAAAACAAGCCCCCCGAUCAAUUGACUGACAAUGACAUUAUCGAGCUGGUCAAGCAGCUACGCCGGGACAUCAGAAAUUUCACGAUACAGUACUUCGGGGAGAGGAUCAACCUACACAGCAGAUCCAACUUGGCAAGGGCCAAGACGGACUUGCAAAAUUCGAUAUCAAUCUUCAUCCCACCAGAGUCAGUGCAUCAUUGUGUGUCCAAUCCUGGACUACGCCCUGUGAUCAUCCAAGACUUCAUCUGGAGAUGGCUUGUAUCCAAGGUGUUCUCGGCCUACUGCUGGAGCCCCGGCGAUACGAGCAAGGCCAUCAUUGAUCUUGAGAAGCUACUCUUCGGCCAUCUCCAACUAGGACGCAUCAACCAAAGCGGCGACCCCGAGCGAAAGUUCCACACGUGGAGAGCAAACACGUCCCAAAUGGUGCAUGAAGCAGCAGAGAUGAGUUCCAAUCCGAGACAAGACAGGGACUUUGUGAAUAUAUCCAACCAACUCAAAGAUGAUUUGAUGAGUAGAAUUCAAAUCUGGCUGUCGGGAAAGAAGACGCUCCCCAUUGAGCAGAUGGUCAACAUCAUCAAACAAAGCAUCGUUCUGGACAUGCAUCUCAGCAAGCAGAUUGCCAAAUUUCAGUGGAAGCUCUUUGAUGACAACACUCGGCGUGUGAACAAAUUUGACAGGAACUCGAUGGAGCCGGGACCUGGACAGCAUCAACUCGAGGAGGGUCAGUCCUUUGACUUGGUUCUGGCUCCUGGUCUGGUUCGAUAUGGGAGGCCCUCGGGCAGUGGAUAUCAUAUACCGUUACUGUUGAUGAAGUCACAAGUAGCUAAGAUUUUCAUUUGA